GCCGGGAUUCAUAUAUUCGUCGAACACCGAAAUGAGCCGCUUAUCGCGUUUCGCGAAUACAAUCAAAUUGCGCGCUCAUACCAUCGCCAACAACAACAACAACAAAAAAUUGUUCAUUCAAUAAUGAACAUAAUGAAUCCAUAUGCCCCAACAGCGGAAGUUCCUAUAUUGAAUCCGCGAAGAAGAAGAAUGCUUCAUGCAUUAUUUGAUGGAUCUAGACAAGAUUUCAUGAUGAAUUUGUACAAGAUCGCAGAGGAAGAUCUUGCAGUUCCCCAAGGCAAUCAAAGAUAUUCCAAAAGGGGAUUUUUGACCACAAUGAUCGAAGAUAGAGAUAGUGGUGAGCUAGAUAUGCUGAAAUUGCUAUUGACUAUGUCAACUGACGUAUUGGAAUCUUUAAUUCUCAACACAAUUGGGAGUAAAUUCCAGCUUGAUCCAGAAUUUCGAAAACAUUUUUCCAAAAUGGAAAAUUCAGGUAUUUAUCUCAACACUGUUAUGUCUGGAGCUGUACCGGGGAAAGGCUUAAAUGGUCGUGAAUGGGCUGUAGUUACGGCAAUGAUGUCAAGAUAUAUCAGGAGCCGUGGUGUAAUAAUCACUAAUAACUCCACUGCAGCGCAAAGAGAUGACGCGGAUGAAGCUUCAUCUAUCGAUAAUGCUUUUGGAUCUCGACCACCCUUAGACAUAAGAAACAAUGAAUCAUAUCGUGGUCAUAGAAAUUGGUUGAAUUCAGGACAAACCACUGAGACAUUCCGUCGAAAUCUAACACAAAGGUCCAAUCUUGCACUUGAUCCUACACAAAGAGUUAGGCAAACACAAUCACCAAUUGAGGUUGGUUUGAGUCAUGAUAUGGCAACCAGGAUUAAAUGUCAUCAUCCUGAAUCUGGUCUCAGAAAUACAGUGAAAACAUGGGGAUUAUUCUUAAGUUGCCUAAGUGUAGCUGAAAUGGAGUUCACUGUGGUGUCUAUCCCAGUACUUAAAGUAUGGAAUCGUUCACUGAUAGGAAAAGCGGAAAUUUUGAUCACUUUUCUAGCCGGCUCAUCAUUCGAUGAAGGUGGAUUUAAUGCUGCUCCUCCUGGCGGUACUAAGAGUUUAUCUGUACCUGAAUCUCUGCCUAAUAAUAAACAGGAGAUUUUCACCGAAAAUGAUACCUUUUCGGAAAAUCUGAAAGUAGGUGAAGAAGAUUUAUCCGAAAAGCAAAAGUCGCUUAGUAUCUUGAAAGAUUUUGACUUUGAUCUCAUGCAAACCGAACUUGAUGAAUCAAAGGCAAAGUUUGAAGAGACGCGAGCUGCAAGGUACCAACAAAAAAGGGAUAUCAGAAAAGCGACUGGUAAGAUCGAGGAGCUUGGCGUUGCCGGAAUGGCAAUGAUUACUGAAGCUUCAUCUCGUAUUGAACGCAGAAAUCAAUUUGGCGAUAAGUUGAAUGAUUGGUUGAAUAAAACUACCCCUGCUGAUUAAAAGCAUGAGUGAGAUCAAAAUUUGUACUAUUUUAUGAGAACUUGUCCAAAUUAUAUGGGUGAGGUAGUGCCUUAGAUUCCAAGAUAGCACCUUGAAACUCUCAGGUUAGAUCAACUACCAGGAAAAUAACAGUGGGAAAGGAUAGCCACCGGACCAGAAGAGCGGAGGAAUAUCAUGAAGUGUAUCUUGAAGAAGAGCAGGGAGACAUAUGACGAUAUUCGAAAUGCUCAUCAAACGAUCAUAGUGAGGGUUGCGGCUUACGGGAUUAGCGAUAAUAUUGGGAAUGGUGGUUGAAUAAGACACAUCAGCCGAUUCGGUGAAGGGGCGAAGGGGUGAAGUGAUGAUACCCGAAACUAGUAUUAUCAAGUGCGCAGUGGAGAUGGUAGCGAAUAGUUCGUACAACGUUACUCGGAAUACAAAUUGCCUGGAAUGCGGAUAAGUUGCUUGUUGGGGGCAAAUGAUAGUCGAAACUAGCAUAAGUGAGGAUGUGGUUGAGGUGGUUGUGAAGUGAACAAAUUACAAUGACCGGGGCAAAUACCGACCAAAGUGUGCCGAUAGAGAUGGGCAAAGAGCAGACUCGAGUUGGGGGUUGAAUAUGGGCUGCCGAAGCAAGAGAAGGAAAAGAAUAGCAUUCGACCGAAUCGAAAGUAUUGUGCCGAUAAAUUGAGGGAGAGCGAGGAGAAUGGAGGGGGGCAGAGGUGCA